CGCGGGCGGGGAGGCAUCCCGGCCAUGCUGAAGCCGGGCGGGCCGGCGACGCCGCGCCUCCCCCGAGCGCUCCCCAUGGAGCGGCUGCCCGGCCAGCCCUGAGCCGGCGGCCCCCCCGGCCGCAACCGUCCCCGAUGGAGCCCGAGGAGCGCAAGAUCUCGGUGUGGAUCUGCCAGGAGGAGAAGCUGAUCUCCGGGCUCUCCCGGCGGACCACCUGCUCGGACGUGGUGCGGGUGCUGCUGGAGGACAGCCACCACCGGCGGCAGCGGCCGGCGCUGCCCGAGCCCGGCGGCGGGAUGCUGUCGGGGCCGCCGCACUCCUACUGCAUCGUGGAGAAGUGGCGCGGCUUCGAGCGGAUCCUGCCCAACAAGACGAAGAUCCUGCGGCUCUGGGUGGCGUGGGGGGACGAGCAGGAGAACGUGCGCUUCGUGCUGGUCCGCAGCGAAGCCUCGCUGCCCAACGCGGGGCCGCGCAGCGCCGAGGCGCGGGUGGUGCUCAGCAAGGAGCGCCCCGGCCACGGCCUGGGGGCGGCCCGUGCCAGCCUGGCGCUCACGCAGGAGCGGCAGCGGCGGGUGGUGAGGAAAGCCUUCCGCAAGCUGGCCAAGAUCAACAAGAAGCGGCAGCAGCCCUUGGCCCGGGAGGCCUCGUCGGCGGAGAGGAUGGAGACGCUGGUGCACCUGGUGCUCUCGCAGGACCACACCAUCCGGCAGCAGAUCCAGCGGCUCCGCGAGCUGGACCGGGAGAUCGACAGGUACGAGGCCAAGAUCCACCUGGACCGCAUGAAGCGACACGGCGUCAACUACGUGCAGGACACCUACCUGUGUUCCAGAAACUCACUCCGGGCGCUGCGCAAGGACCGCGCCGACAACGACGAGGACUCGGACACGGGGCUGAGCUCCAUGCACAGCCAGGACUCGGACUCGGUGCCCGUCUGCGAGUCCCUCGUCUAGCGCCCUGCCCGUCCCGCGGCGGGCCCCGCAGCGCCGGGGGUGGAGGGGCGGGCUCCGGGCUGGCUCGCAGCGAAGCCGGGCACGGUACGGGCGGCGCGGUGUCCGGUGCGGGCGGAGCGAGGCUGCCGGGGCAGAGGGAGGUGUAGGACUGCGGGCAGGAGAGAGAACUCCCGCUGCGGGAGGCAGCCGCACGGAGGAAACGUUUUAAUGUUAGCUCCUGAGCUGAAACUUGUUGUAACUAGCCAUCCGCGGGCAGCGUUUGGGAGAGAAACCCACAGCCUGCUUUUGUUUCGUUCACGUCUGGGAUUGCUCGCUGCUUAAAUCCUGCUGCCUGCUUCCCUCCCGAGGUCUCCUUGCUAGGUCUUUUAAUCCUACGAUGUCCCUAGUGUAGCACAGGCUACUUGGGAUAGGCUCUUUGCGAGUAACAGGCAAAGGAGGCAGGCUCCCUAGGGUAAAUCAGUUACCUCCUUACCAUUUUCUCAGCAUUGCAAAGUCAGAUGGUGGGUUAUACUGGUUGUCAUUUGCAAACACACCCGACGCCUUUAACAUGCAAAAAGCCACCGAGACUAAAGCUGCUGGUCGUUUAAAAACUAGGGAAGAAAAGAGAUGUCAAUGCUACUGAAAGUGACACUGGCAUCUCCCAGGGGGAAAGCUUUUGGAAGGUACUGCAGGUCCUUUUGGCGGCAAAAAGGGGUGAUAAAGAACUUUUUUUAAAAAAAACACCACCAAAAAGAAC